UGCACGCACGUAGCCGAUAGUCAACGUGAUGGAGAGGCGGACGUAGGGAAGAGAGAAGGAAAACUGAACGAGUACUGGUUCCUCCUCGUGUCCAAUUGACGCGUCCGAGGAAGUGAUGGAAGGAUGGAAGCGCAAAUGUACUUGAACGUCCCGUAGCGGGUUCUACAUUAGACUACUUCGGUUACCGGUACCGGUAGUAGUUCGUUCGACUGCCUAUCGUUCAGUCGUCGGGACUGUCAGUAGAGGACCACUGCGUCGUUAACAGUGGCCAUCUGAAUUCGUUUCCCAUACGAUUUUCGUCCCGUAGAAGUUCCGAAGUUUCUCGAUGUGACGAUAAUGUUUGACCUAGUCGAGAGAUUCUCUUACACGUGACGGAAAAGUUGGACGUAGACAAUCGGAAGAACCGUGUGUCGUCGUCACCAAGCGUGAAGGCUCAUAUUUCUAAAACCGCGUUCGUAUACAGGAAACUCUGAAGACAUCCGUUAUGCUCGAAGAAAUCAGAUAUUGUUUGAUUACAACACAAGUGCAUAAUAUUUGCUGACAUCGGAGCAUCGGAGGCCAUAGAUAAAUAAUUUUUAUCGAAAUCUCAUUAUUUCAAUCAUGUUGAAGGGAAUCGUUCUGCUGAUUCUUCAUGUCUUCUGCGACAUUGCAUUGGCGGGGCAGUGUGGAAAAGUGUGGGUCACGGUUUCCUCUCUGUGGAGACCAAUCGCUGCCAGCGACAAAGUGGUCGAUGCCGAAUUAGAAGUGAAUUGGGAAUUUGAUUGUCCGGCGGGCAUGAGAUACUCAGAUACCCAGAUCAAGGUGUUCACUGCUGACCCGUUAGCAGCACAUAACAAAAUGAUCAAGCCUGAACUGAUCUUGACUUCUUUACAACAUCCCCGGGGAUACUAUAGAACAAAUAUUACAGUCGGUCGUCCGUCGCUACCAGGAGGAUGGGACACGAAGGACGGAGCGACCCUUCCAGGAUCACAUUGUCUCGAUUAUUAUGCAAUCCUUUACAAAGAUGGUCACAUGUUUUCAAUGUCUUGUUUGCAGAUUUGGCCGACUUGGAUGUAUGAUUUAAGAAGGGAAAUCGGCAUGCUUCCAAUCGGCAGCCUGAUGAUACCUGGGACACACAAUUCUGGCUGUUACAAACACGGCGAUCUGACGCGCCGGGACGCCUUUCAGCGGUAUUUGCUGACACAAGAUCGUGACGUUUGGACGCAGUUAGUACAUGGUAUAAGAUAUCUGGAUAUCAGAGUUGGAUAUUAUCCGUCGAUACCAAAUGGUACCGCACUUGACGAGGACGGGAAUCAUAUAAAUAGAUUCUGGGUCAACCACGACGUCAUUCGCAUCACACCUCUUUCGGAGAUCUUAAAGGAUGUGAGGGACUUUCUGGAUGUGGCAAGGGGUGAAGUUGUCAUUAUGGACUUUCAUAGAUUUCCCGUGGGCUUCGAAGGUAGGCCAAACAGACAUCGAAAAUUACUAACAAUUUUACAUCGAGAAUUUGAAGGCUUAAUCUUGAAGCCAGACAGAGGGAUUGAAGGUUUGGGGCCGACAUUAAACGAUAUUUGGACCAGCGGGAAGAGAUUAAUUAUUUGUUAUGGCGACAAGCACACAGUAAACGAAUACGACUGGCUGUGGCCGCCUUUGACGCAAGUAUGGGGCAAUCAGCAAACUGUGGAAGGGUUGUUCGAAUAUUUGGAUGAAGAGAUUUUAGGAUCAAAGAAACGCAAGAAUAGUCAGAAUCCAUUGUGGGCGGUAAUGGCGGAAUUGACGCCAUUCCCAUUAGACAUUUUCUUUAAUCUAUCUGGUGGACUUCGGCAGAUGGCCGAUUCCGUUAAUCGAAAUCUCACUGUCAAGUUUCAAGAGGAGUGGUGGAAAGAAACGAACAUCGUCGCCACAGAUUUUUUUCUCGGAAACGAUUUGAUCUGGGUAUCGAGAAUGUCGAACAUAAAAAAAAGUAAUAUCGCGCAAUGGCGUUUGUAAUCUAUAUAUAAACUUUUAAUGAUAACGUUAAAUUUAUUCCUUGUUUUGAAAAUGACAAAAGAAUUAUUGCAAAGUGAAACGACAACUUCCAUUAAAUUUCGUUAGAAAAAUGGCACAUAAUGAUAUGAAUGGAUAUUUACAUAUGAGAUUAUUCAGUUGUAUGAUUUUCAUAAUAAAUGUACGUAAGACGACACUAACUCAUCCAUUUAUUGUAUAAUAUUGUCACAAUAAAACUGUGUAAACAAUAA